UAUUCAUUGUUAAUAAUGCAUUAUAAGAUCAACGCGUGUUUCUGCUUUAAUUGAUCUGAGCCUCUCCAGCAACCAUGUGAUAUGUGGAAGAAAUUAGAAGUGCCAAGUGUUGGGUUUUCAGCAAUUCGCAUUCCAAGCUGAAGAUGGUAUUCUAAAAAUCAAUAUAAAUGAACAUAAGUCAGUCGCAAUGUAUGGUCCAAAAGUGAUUCUCCCGAUAUUCCAGAGAAGUAUAUCGUGGCCAGUAGCUUUCAUUCUUUUCCUUAUGGUUGGCAAAGAUAUGUCGAACGAAAUGUCAGCACAGGAUGGCUAUUAUUUGGAUCAACUGAAUGAUGUCGCCUUCAGUAAUAGCACCGAUAUUCUUCAGUGUCCAUCUGAAAAUGUCAUAACAACAAAGUAUAAAUGUAACGUUAAAGGAACCUGGAUAGAUUGUACCCGAAGUCACUGUUGCAAAGACUAUAUUUUCAUUUCAGGAAGAUGCAUCCACAAGUCCCAAGAUCCUUGUUCCAUGAAGCUUUGCGAACAACAUUGCACAAUAUAUCUACAGCGACUGAUUUGUACUUGUUUCAAUGGGUUCAGGUUCAGUUCAGAGAAUCAGAAAUCUGGAAAGAAACCUCUUUGUGUUGAUAUCGACGAAUGCCAAGAAGGCACUGCGGAAUGCGAACAAAUUUGCAAAAACGAGGCUGGAGCCUACAGGUGUGAAUGCAAACCAGGCUACCAGCUGCGGAGAGACAACAAAACCUGCGAAAUGUUGAACGACGCAAACCAAGCUGCUUACCUCGCGAGAUGUUAUGCCAGCUGCGAGUCAGCGACGAAUCUGCAAAACCAGAUCAAAGAGCUCCAAGAGAAGGUGUCUGCUUUGAGUACAGCGAUUCAACUAUCAAGUUUUGCUACUGGUCCCCCAGGUCCUGUUGGACCACCUGGACCACCAGGACCAUUGGGACCUAGAGGGUUUCCAGGUUUGGAGAUGACACAAAAAGACUCUAUUUACAGCUAUUCCAUGAUAGAUGAGUUCGUCCCAUCCCCUAGAGAUCCAGAAAUGCUAUGUUCAUGCAAAAGAGGUCCUCAAGGUGAAAUUGGAGCUCCAGGAGCACAAGGCCCCAAGGGAGAGCAGGGUGAAAAGGGUCCGAGAGGUCCGAAGGGUGACAAAUGGUCCCUGGACGUUUUUCUUCUCCUGUUGGCUGACUUGAGGCAUGACAUAGUCCAUUUGCAAAAUAAAGUUUUUGUCAAUGGAGAAAAACCUCCAAAGUUCGAUUUUGAUGAAGCACUGCAGAAGAAGCCUUCCAAACAGAAACAUCGUUUCUACAAGCAAAAGACGGCCCUGGAGGGUUUUGCUAAUUCGGCUGUUUCGCAUACGAACAGAAACGAUGAUUCUCCGACAACUACCGAUUCCUCCCGAACGGAAGAUAUUGAAGAAUUUAGAGAUGACGGAGAGUUUAGGAUUUCGGAUAGUUUCGUAGAAGACUACGAUGAUUUGUCCGGUGAUAUGACUUACAAUGAUUAUUUGUGAUGUGAUUUUUUUUAUUAGAAACACCAUAUGAAUAUAAAUAGUUGAAUGUAAACAAUAGUCUAGUAAUUUAUUG